AUGGAAACCACUUCAUCUCAUCAUGGCAAAGAGGGGAUUGCUUCUAGCAACGACAUGCUUGUAGCAAAGAUGCCGACUGCGUCGCCGAGUAAAUCUUUCAGCCGGGCAGACGAUAACAAAAUUAUCAUUGAUGUAGGUGGGGUAGUGUUCUCUUUGUCGCGAACAGCCAUCUUGGAUUCCCGUCACUCGGACUCAUCCUUGUCAAGGGCGGUGUUAAACGGAACUCAUUUCAAUCCAACCACAAGACAGUAUAGCUUUGAUCGUAACCCAGAGGUUUUUGGCUAUGUCGCUGACUAUAUCCGCACUGGUGAACUGCACGCGCCACAUGGGAUGUGCGGAGAGAUGGUGUGGAGGGAACUGGAAUACUGGGGUAUUCCCAGGGAGGCCAUGUCGCCGUGCUGCAGCCAUAAACUGGGGAAAUAUUCCCGUAAACUAGAAGAAAAGGAAGCUAUUGAAAAAGAGUUUAGUCGACGAUGCGUCGAUGACGUAUGGCCGGUUGAUGGAGAGGAAACUCGAGGAUGUUGCUGCUCCAACAGAACGAAAAGAAAGCUGUGGAUAUUCUUGAAUGAGCCAAGAUCUAGCAAAGGGGCUUUGGUAUUUUCUCUGGUGUUAUUUUUACUCAUCAUUUUGAGCAUCGUCGUCAUGAUGAUCAACACCUCACUGUCGUUUCGUCAACCGUACACUACAAAUGAGACCGUCAUGGCGAAGUUGCAGAACUCCAUCUCCGCAAUGAAUAUCACCAAUGAGAAGAUAAGCAUGAGGAUCACCACUACGGGGCCAACCAUCACAGCUGUUUUGGGAUAUAUUUUAUAUUACGCUGAAAUAACGGAAGGAGAUGGAGAUUUUAGUGAAAUUCUGAUUGGCUGCUGGUGGGCCGUUAUCACCAUGACAACCGUUGGCUAUGGGGACACUCAUCCAAAAUUCCCAGGAGGUUACGUUGUUGGUUAUGUGGCAGCGACUUUUGGUGUCAUUUUGAUGGGCCUACCUAUCGCUAUCAUUGCUAAUAAUUUCAGCAAAUAUUACCAGUUCUUGGCUGAAAAAGCAGAAAAGAAGAAAACUGACAAAGCCCAGGCAAUACACAACGGCAAAAUUCAAGUGAAGGAGUUUCAAACAAAGAAGGAUGGUUCGUUUAAACAUUCACAAGUGAAUCCACAGGAUUUUUGA